AUGUCGACCGCAACAACUUCACAACCACCUCAACCACCGAAGCAAACCGCUUACACACAAGACGUCAACCCGGUCUCACAGACUCCAGCGGAACAGCGCCCUGGUUCUGGCACCCAGGCACAGCCAGUAUAUGCCUCUUCUUCCUCCAGCAGUAGUCGUCAGUACGGCGAUGCGCCGCCCGCUAUUCACCGUACGGCAGACUCGCUGCCUUCUUCGGACGACAAGGUAGCCCAGCUGCAAAAGCAGCGUGAGCGCGAGCGAAAAGAGUCACUAUCGGGUGCGGAGGUAGACACGGAAUAUGGCGUCGAACAACAACCUGCUGAAGGUCGGAUCGCGGCUGCAGUUGAAGGGAAGCAAGAGCGUGCGCGGGAACAGGCGGGAGCGCAUUCUGGUCCUGUGGGAAGCGCUGGAGGGCCUGGCGCGCCAGGAUUCGGCGAGGAGGGAGAUUUCGCAAAGAAUCUGGACAAGAAGAGGGAAAAUCAUGAUCGAAUUUUGGGUCAGAAGGCCGGAAAGAGCCCCCCUCCUCCCGAUGAGGUAGAAGGUCAGGAGGCCGCCGAGGGAACUGUGCAAGAAAGGGAGAGAUUGAGGCAGAGAAAGCUGAAGGAGGACGAAGAGCUGGAUGUAAAGGGCGCAGUAAAGCAGGGGACCCACGAUGCCGUCGUUGGACGGUAA